GGGAGAGCCGGCCCGGUGCAGCUGUGCGUCGAGGGGUGUGUGUCUCGCACGGGGAUGAUGGAGAGCGGCGACCGGGACAUGUACCGCCAGUUUCAGGACUGGUGCCUCAGGACUUACGGGGACUCGGGCAAAACCAAGACGGUGACCCGUAAGAAAUACGAGCGGAUUGUCCAGCUCCUGAACGGUUCCGAAACCAGCUCCACGGAUAAUGCCAAAUUUAAAUUCUGGGUCAAAUCCAAAGGCUUCCAGCUGGGCAGUCCGGACGAGGUCAGUGGUAGUGCUGCUGCUGGUGGAGGCGGAGGGAAGCAAGUCCUCUACGUGCCAGUCAAGACCACGGAUGGAGUUGGCGUAGAUGAGAAGUUGUCUUUAAGACGGGUAGCUGUUGUUGAAGAUUUCUUUGACAUUAUCUAUUCCAUGCAUGUGGAAACAGGGCCUAAUGGAGAACAAAUCAGAAAACAUGCUGGACAAAAAAGAACGUACAAAGCAAUUUCUGAGACCUAUGCCUUUCUACCAAGAGAAGCGGUGACACGAUUUCUAAUGAGCUGUUCAGAGUGCCAGAAAAGAAUGCAUUUAAACCCAGAUGGAGCAGAUCAUAAAGAUAAUGGAAAGCCCCCAACAUUGGUGACCAGCAUGAUUGAUUAUAAUAUGCCAAUCACUAUGGCCUACAUGAAGCACAUGAAGCUGCAGCUACUGAAUUCCCAACAAGAUGAGGAUGAAAGCUCUAUAGAAAGUGAUGAAUUUGAUCUGAGUGAUUCCACCAGGAUGUCUGCAGUAAACUCUGACCUUAGCUCAAAUCUUGAAGAAAGAAUUCAAAGUCCACAAACUCUUCAGGGUCAGCAAGAUGAUGAUUCAGCUGCAGAGAGUUUUAAUGGAAAUGAGACUGCAGGACACAGUUCGAAUGCUUCAGGAGGAACACACUGCAGAGAAAUGGCAGAAACCAACAGUAAUGACAAAGGAACUCUGGAACUGGAUGAACAGCCUUUGAAUCUGAGUGAUAGUCCCUUCUCUACUCAGCUGACUUCAGAAUACAGGUUAGAUGACCAAAGCAGUGAUGGAAAGAACAAGUACAAGAAUCUCCUAGUAUCUGAUCUUAAGAUGGAACAAGAAGCAAAAGAAAAUGGAAGCAAGUCACCUGCCCAUAGCUAUUCAAGCUAUGAUUCUGGCAAAAAUGAAAGCAUGGACAGAGGUGCUGAAGACCUCUCCUUGAACCGGGGUGAGGAAGAUGAGGAUGACCAUGAUGAACAAGAAGAUAAUGAAAAGGCUGCUGAAUCUGAUGGGGUGGAAGCUGAGCGGCUGAAAGCUUUUAAUAUGUUUGUCAGGCUGUUUGUAGAUGAAAACUUGGACCGAAUGGUCCCAAUCUCUAAGCAGCCCAAAGAAAAGAUCCAGGCUAUCAUUGACUCAUGCAGGCGACAAUUCCCUGAGUAUCAAGAGCGUGCCAGAAAGCGUAUACGUACUUACCUCAAGUCCUGCAGGCGGAUGAAAAGGAGUGGUUUUGAGAUGUCACGACCCAUCCCUUCACAUCUUACUUCAGCAGUAGCAGAAAGUAUCCUGGCAUCAGCCUGUGAAAGUGAAAGCAGAAAUGCAGCAAAAAGAAUGCGACUGGAUCGACAGCAGGAUGAGACUGCUCCAGCUGACAAACCAUAUAAACAGGAACCAACCCAGGUCACUUAUUCAACAUCAGCUGUUUCCAGCACACAGGAGGUGUUGUACAUAAAUGGAAAUGGAACCUACAGUUACCAUAGUUACAGAGGGUUAGGAGGAGGUUUGCUAAAUCUCAGUGAUGCUUCUAGUAGUGGUCCAACAGAUCUCAGUAUGAAAAGGCAGUUAGCAACGACUUCUGGAUCUUCCAGUAGUACCAGCUCCAGACCUCAGCUGAGCCCAACAGAAAUCAAUGCAGUACGGCAACUGGUGGCAGGAUACCGAGAAUCAGCUGCAUUUUUGCUGCGUUCUGCAGAUGAACUAGAAAACCUUAUUUUGCAACAGAACUGAGACACAUGGCCAUCCUGCUGACCUAGAUUUAUCACAGCAUUUCCACUAAUAGCAUUUUGAAUUCCCAGAGCAGAUUUUCAAACACUGGACAGUUUUGUUGAUGGGUUAAUUACCAUAAUGCCACAUUUUUCCUUGAUGUUCUUGGUGUGCUAAGGUUCUUCAAGUGAACUGGGAUCUCUGUUUUUUCUGAGAUCCUUAAAUAUAUCAAGUCUAUUGCUUUAUGUUUGUUUUCUUGUGUCAGCAUCAAUAGCAAAAAGUGGCUAGAAAUAUUAACUUGUUCUAACAUGGAUAAAACCAGAAGAUAUUGGGGGUUCAAAAUUGAUGUAAAUUCCAAGUGCAAUAUUAGUGGAAUGUGCUAUUGACUCAGUGGACUCAAAGCUGCAUUAUAUGGCAAAAAGUUGCCAAAUGCCCUGUUGUUAACAGGAUGCAAUUGCAAUGAAAAGGAUCUUGUAUUUUGAAGAAAAUGUAAUUUUAUAAAGAAAAAACACAAGACAAAAUGUUGUUUCUCAUUCUAAAUUGAUCAUUUUUAUUUUGGUAAAUUUGUCAGAGAUUUUUCAAAUAGUGUUCUGAGGAGUUGUUGAUAGUCCUCUUCUCUGAAACUCUACCCCCUUUCAGCAAUCCACAUCUGCUCUUUGGCAAAUUCCCUGUUUGUGCUGAGCAGCCCAUUCCCUGGUGGAUACCUACACAAAAAUCACUGGAAUGCUGUCCAAAGGAACCAAACAUUUCCUGAAUUCACAACACUCUCACCUCCAUUUCAUAAUGAGUUGCAGUUUUAUUAUCAACUAAUCAAGGUGUGAGGGUUAUUUUAAAAGACAUAUCAUUAAUUUUUUUUAAGUGAUCUCUUACAAGCUUGCUCAUUUAACUCCAGGAUUGCUGCUGCUGUCUUGUACAAGUUCUUCUGGUAGUGAAUGGAUGUAGAUGAUUGAAUGUGAAGAGGUUGCAAGUGACAAUCGGAAAAUUUGCACUCCUGUGUGUAUUUAUUUUUUUUCUUUUAAAUGAAUAUGUAACUGAAAAGGGCCAUUAACACUUCUGAUGUGAUUUUUAUAAUGUUAACACUGAUCUAAGAAACUGUACAAAAAUGUAAAGGAUACAGCGGCCACUUACACAAGACUCUCAACCCCAGAUUCCCCUACCCUGUUUGUUAUUUUAAGAUGUCAAAUAAACAUUGAUGGUGUUUUUGUUGUGCGCUAAGGAAAGCUUAUUUUUUUUGUAUUUAUAGAAAAGUAUUUUAGUUUAUGCUUAUUGUAAUACCUGUUCUGUUGUUUUAGCUUUUGUUAAAUAACAAGUUCCUUGUGCAUUCCUGAAUUUGCCUUAUUUUGUGUACAAUUUUUUAUGUAAUUUGGUUUUUUGAUGAUGAGUUGAAGGCAUCAAUGAUAUUUUCUAUCUACUUGUUAUAGUUUUUCAAGUAAUGACUGUGAUUGUGACAAUGUGCACUUUUUCUUGUAACUGUGGACAUUGCUAUGCUUUUUUCCCUUUCGUGUUUUUAGAAUUACUGUUGCUUACAAUUAUGUUUUUAAAAGACUUUUGUGAUACUGUUGGUGAAUAUCAAUGUUUAAAAAGCCUAUUGAAUUGAGUGUUUUGGAGCUGCUUAAAUACACAGACCUUUCUUUUUUGUGGACUUAAAUGUUCACAAAUUUAAAUGAAAUUUUAAAAAAUGAGGGCUGGAAAAAAAAUCCUCUGUUUUGUUUGGGUAAAUAAACUUCUGUGUUUCAA